GGUGAUCCAAUUUUUGCUUGCUUUAAUUUUUUUGAAGUCGUGCGCCCCACAUGAAAUAAAGCGUGGUUUGCACUUUGCAUGCACCCAUCAACGAAAGGGUCCCUCACAUUCCAAUUUUUCAGCUUUUCCAAAAAAGCACUUUUCUAACACCAACCACCUUCAUCAUCACCACCAUUUCAUUCAUCAUCCUUCAAACGACGUCGUAUCCCUCUAAUCCACAUUCAUCAACAACAUUUUUUAUUCAUAACAACGCCGUCGAUUCUGUUACGGUAAUUUAACAUUUGCAACGAAAAUAGAGACAUUAUAUAUAACGACGUCGUUUUCAUCGCAAUGCCGAUGAUAAGAUGCAAAAGCGUUAGCGAAAUUCUCGCACCUCUUCCAUCACCGAUACCUACUGGCAGAGGAUCGCGUUCCGCCGCUAACGAUGUUUUCAUCCAGUUUCUCGAGGAGAAGCUCCAGUUACCGGAACUUACAUUACCGGAAUCUCACAUUCCACCGUCACCGGCGGAAAUCGAUCUCCGGUUUCUACCACAUGCAUCUGCCGGUAUGCUUCUUCGCUCCGUUAAGGAAUUCGGCGCGUUCCGGAUACGGAGCCAUGGAAUCUCCGGUAAUGAACUCGAAACUAUAGCGGAGGAAUCAGAGGGCGUUUUCAAAGACGCGAAAAAGGUGUACGUUGAGAGGAACGGACGCUGCGGAGGGAUGAUUCCAUGUGUUCGAUCUAGCAAUGGAGCAAUGGAAUUCACCGCUCACAAUCAAAAGCAUCGGAAAUUUUGGGUUCAUAUGGGGAAUGUAGCAAGUAGAUUGGAUAAUAUAGUGGAGCAAGUGACUCUGGCUCUACAACAGGACACAUCUCAAGAUUUUAAGGAGCGGAUUCAAGAGACAGAGUCUGUGAUUUGCCUUUGCAGGUAUCCCCAUGACAAUACCCCCAAAAGAAAUGAACGUGUCUCGGGUCUUACGAAGGGCAUAUUAUCGGAACAUGCUUUGCGCUUCUACCUUCCGAUGGAGCAUUGCAUAUUUUACGUUCAAACUGAAAGAGGUCCUCUCUCAUUUGAUGCAGGUCCAGAGCAUAUAGUUGUCACUGUUGGCAAGCAAUUAGAGGAUUGGAGCAACAACGUAUUCAAAUAUGUUCCUGGGGAAAUGAUCUUCAUGCCGAGUUUCCAGAGUAGCAACGACGCCUCUUUCUCCAUAGAGCUUACAUGCUUGGUCUCUCCAAAUCAAAAUCACAUAUUAAACAAUUAUGACAAGAUAAUAUCCUUAAACGAUCAAAUCCUUAUUGUACUUUGUCUUGUAUUUUUAUACAAAUUUCUAUACUUCAUCUUUUCUUGAUCCUUAGAACACGGUUGCUCCAUUUUCUUUUCUUUGGAUGCCUUUUGUGUGUGUUCAUGAUGUUGCUAUGCCCAAAUACGUAUUUUUUUUCUCUAAUUUAUUUACGAAGGCCAUUUUGAUGUACA